UGAAAUUCAUCAGAUUCAAUUCUAACCAUCAACAGUUAACUUGAACAAUUUAAUUCUAUUCUUAAUUUUGAGAAAUCAAUUUCUAUUCCUAAUCAACCAUGAAGACUUUUAUCAUCGCCUGUGCUCUUAUCGUCAUGUUAACCGUCGCCUCAGUUUACGGUGAAGAGGAUACUCUUCAAGCCGCUGAGUCUCGAUCUUAUGGUGGCUCACGAGGUGGAUAUGGUGGCGGACACGGUGGUGGAUCUAGAGGAGGUUAUGGUGGUGGACACCGAGGUGGUUCUCGAGGUGGAUACGGAGGUGGAUCUCGAGGUGGUUACGGUGGUGGACACGGUGGUGGAUCCAGAGGUGGAUACGGUGGAGGUUCUCGAGGAGGUUACGGUGGUGGUCAUGGUGGAUCACGAGGAGGUUAUGGUGGUGGUUCACGAUCAGGUGGAUACCAUGGAUAAACUUAUUGACCAUUUGAUAAAAACUCUUGAUUCUCACUCAUAAUACUCAGGUUUUAAUUCAUCUUGUCUAAUUAUCUGUUUCCUGUUUACUUCCUCACCUUCUCACUCUUCCGGUUUUCUUUAUCUCUUUCAACACUCAGAACUUUUUUUUUCAUUAAAAAGAAGACGGAAAAAGAUCUCGUCGACAAUCAAAUUAUCCUAAUUAAAUAUUUUCCUUCUCUGUUCGUUACAAUUAAUGUACUCUUUUGGAAAAAUUAAAAGAAUAAAAGAACUAUUUUGAUUGUAA